AUGGGCCCAUCCAGCGACUCGGAGACGGGUGCGCAGGCGUUAGCGGCAGGACAGAAAGUGAAGGAGGACACCAGAGAUGACGAUUCUGUGCAACCGUCGAAGCGGCCGAGGAGGGCUAAGGGCCAGGGCCAGGCCAAGGCAACCGCUGCGAAAGCUGGGGCGAAGGCAUCUCCGCCAAAGCUUGAGGCGAGCAAAGAGGAACCACCAGACACUGUUCCAGGGGAGGGCCAGUCGGCGCUCGCGGCCCCCGUUGACUCCGCGGCGAGUGCGCAGGAUGAGACGCCGAGCCAGGAGGAGGAGGACUCGGGCAAGUUGUCUGAGGAGCAGAAGAAGGAGCUUGACAAGCUGGUGGGCAAGAAGGUUCCUCCAGUGAUUGACCGAGCGAAGAGUCAGUUGGCCGAGAAGGGGAUUAACCUUGCGGACCUGACGGCCGACCAGUUAAAGAACGAACUCCCGCGGGAAACUAUGAAACAAUUGUUCCAGUCGUACGGCUACGUCCUGAAGACCUCCUGCCCCCUGAUCCACUCGGCGUACAAUAAGAAAACUGAGUCGGAGAGGCGGCAGUGGUUAGUCAAGUACAUCAUCGACCCGACCUCGGGGGGCUGCUCGGGCAAGAGCACGAUUGAGCUCACCAAUUCGACCAAGGAGGAGGGGACGGUGGAGUGGAUAACUCUGAAACAGAUGGAAGGGCCAAAUUACGCCAAUGACCCUGAACAUGCGGCGCUGUACGCCCAGGUCCUCGAGGAACGACCCCACGAGAUUCCGCUCUUCGCGGAGAACAAGAUAAAGCAGUACAAGUGGAGCAAGGAAAUCAUCGCGAGGAUCAACAUGAGAAAUGAGAAGACCGCCAUCCAGACACGUUCCGACAUGGAGGCUUCAGACUAUCAGAGGAUCAGGGACUCCAUGUUGAAUGCCUCCCCGAUCACGGACGCUUCUGCAUCCUCGAACGGCGCGGCUGACGAUGGGAGGAGGGACAAAAAGGAUAAGAAGGAGAAGAAGGAGAAGAAGGAAAAGAAGGAUAAUAAGGAUGAAGACCCCGAGGUGACAGCCAAAAAAGAUGCGCUGAAGGUGCUCGACGACGAGAUCAAGAAGGGGAAGCUGUGGGCUCGCAAGACUACUGAUGAGUUGGCGGAGGUGCCUUCAAUUUGCGCGAGGAUGAAGAAGAAGAACUACCCCGAGGCGAUGACUACCUUCCUUUUGGGGCGCGCCGCCGAGUUCCGCAAGCUGACCGACGACUUCGUGCAGGGCGAGUACACGGCGGCCAAGGGGGUCUACAACGACGCCAAGAAGCACUCGACCGAGGAGAUCAACUCGGAGACGAAGAAGCUGAGGGUCAAGCUCAAUGCCAACGAGGCCAAGUUCAACUCGUGGAAGAAGGACAACCUGGACGACAUCAAGAAGAUUGCGUAG